AUGCCUGCAGCUCAAAGAUCGGAAAGUAUCUCGCAUAGUUCCGACGUCUUAUCCGACAAAAGCGGCAAUUGCACUUCACCAAUCAAAAGAGGCAAAGCUGGUGUACAAGACACAGAGUGGUCUGAUGUGGCAGAUCCAGACGAGAGGAGACGGAUACAAAAUCGCGUCGCACAGCGCAAGUUCCGGUCAAAAGCCAGAGAGCAGAAAGAAAGGGCGGAGCGCGAGGCUAAAGACAAGGAACAUGCUGGCAACAGCUACCGUAUUCCUUGUUCAAACGACAUCGACAUAGAGCCAGAGCCAUCAGGGCUACCUUGGGGCAGCAUGAAUAUGAGUCUCUUCGUGGCUCGAGGACACGAAGCCGAAAGUCGAAAAGCCAGCCGCCGAGGCAUGCACCAAGGUGAUGGCUUCACCUCUCCGAAUUAUACGUCAUCUCUCAACUCUGAUAUGCGCCAAUCUGUUACUUAUAGUAGCAGCGGUGCCAACGAUGUUUAUCUGGAGGACAAUCCAUAUAUUUACGAUGCUUGCUUUAUUGGUCAAGCUUUUCCCACGUUAUGA